AUGCACCGCUGCCAAGCCGAGUACCAGCUCCAACUCCUUAUGGAGGAGGAUUUCUGGAAGCAGAAGGCGACCGUUCGCUGGGUGGCAGAGGGCGAGCGGAACACUAGGUUCUUCCAGGGCUUCGUUAGACAGAAGCAUGCUAAGUCGUACAUCCAUAGUAUUGAGGCAGAUGGGUCAUCCCUGACCCAGGAGUCUCAGAUUCGGGAGUCGGCUGUUGCUCACUUCCAGACCCUCUUCACCUCUGACAGAUGGUCCCUCGUUGCCCCGACCAUCAAGAUAGGAUUUAAGUCUAAUAUGAAUUUCACACAAGAUAGCUGCACGCCUUCACUGUGCCGGCUGAUUCUCAAUUUUGUAAGCAGCAAUAUAUAUCCAUCCAGAUACCGGAAGAAAGACAAUCUGACACAAUUACUUGCAGCCUUUCGAUUCCUACGAACCCUCCCCGGAACUUCCCGCCCUCGCUCAAUAACUCCAUCCGCCAGCUUGCACGCCUCAGCCACACGACCAGCCUUGCACAAAACGUUCAUCAUAUCCUCAAAAGCCGUGUCCAGCACAAUUCCCAUAGGUGCCAGUUCAUCCAAGAUCUUACAAGCCCUCGCGACUUUGCCCGAAAGACAAAGCCCGGUUGAGAUGGCCCGAAAACAAGCAGCAGUUGGCGUGACCCCUUUAUCGAUCAUCACGUGCCAAAAUUUCAACGCCUCUUCAUUACGGUGCUCUUUAAAUAAGCUACUGAUUAGUAUUGUGAAUUCAAACCAUUGUAGUGCCUCCUCUAAUCUCCCGUUCUUGCACAGACUGUUCACAAUCACUCCAUAUGUAACUGGGUCAGGCUCAAAACCAUCACUGUGCAUCCUCUGGAAAAGCCCCAUGGCAGUGUCCAAGUUCCCAUUUUUAGCGUACGCAUCAAUCAAGGCAUCUCAAGCAAAAAUCGAUGUUCCUCUCGGAAUAACAAGCCUGCAUCAAAGUCAGGAAAGUAAUCUCGUCCGGCCCCACACUCCUUGCCUCCAUAUCCUGAAAUUUUUCGAUAGCCAUUUUAACAUUACCCGAUUUACAAUACCCUUUGAUCAUGGUGUUAUACGUGACGACAUCCGGCUUGACUUUGCCAUUUUCCAUAAGCUCAAAAACCUUGUCAGCAGACUCUAUGUACAUUGA